AUGGAAGGAUUGCAGAAAUUCGUACGUAAUAUAUCAAAGGACUCGAAGCCCGGGACUUCCUUGUCAGAGAAUGCUUACAACUUAAGCGAAAAGGUUGGAUUUACUUCCGCUUUAUCUUCUCCAGAUCAGUCUCGUGUUUUGAUCACUAGGCCUCCCAGGAAAAUGGUUUCUCUGUGGACUUGCUCGAAGAUGUGUGCAAUUUUCUUUGCUGCUGGAAUUGUUGUUGGUUACACGCUGAAGAAACGUGUUAGGAGAUGGGCUGCUAAGCUUCUUAGGAGAUUGAAAGAUGACUGA